AUGUCUAGUAUAGUAUCCGCCAUACUGAAGCACAAGUUCAAAAAGAACAACCCAUUUGCUUAUGGACUAAACGAAGAUCCAUACCAUGAAGUGAUUCCAGAGAGUGAGAGAAAAUUCUGGCAAAGAGGAGGCGCUAGAAGAACCAAAGGUAUACCACCUCACAUCCCGACACCUCAAUCGGAAAAGCUAAAGCAGGUUCAACGGAUGGCAUACUAUAUGGAUAUGUGCUUCACCAGGAUUGGUUUCAAAGUUGGAAUGGCCGGUUUAAUCAGGAUUAUUCCCGCUGUUGGUGACAUUGCCGUUCUAAUUAUGAACUUGUAUCUAUUCAGACAAUCCAGGGCAAUAGAUGGUCUUCCAAUUGGAAUUUCAUCCCGGAUGCUUGUGAAUAUCACCGUUGACUUUCUUUUUGGUAUGAUUCCUUUCGUUGGAGAUCUAGUUUCAAUUGGUUUUAGAGCAGACACUCGGAACUUCAUACUGGUUAGAGACCAUUUAGCAUUGAAAUACACGGGUGGCGUGGUAGAUUCACCUGCAAUAGCCGAGACUGCAGGAACCACCGCAGUUUCGUUGUGA